UUAGUUAAUUGUGUAUUUGUUUUCAGGGAGUGGAGCAACUGCUGUGGUCCAAGCAGCUUAUUGUGCCCCCAAAAAGGAGAGAGUGGCAAUCAAACGGAUAAACCUUGAGAAAUGUCAGACUAGCAUGGAUGAACUCCUGAAAGAAAUUCAAGCCAUGAGUCAAUGCCAUCACCCUAAUAUUGUGUCUUACUACACGUCUUUUGUGGUAAAGGAUGAACUGUGGCUGGUCAUGAAGCUGCUGAGUGGAGGUUCUGUUCUGGAUAUUAUUAAGCAUAUUGUCGCAAAAGGGGAGCACAAAAGUGGAGUCCUGGACGAACCGACCAUUGCUACAAUCCUCCGAGAAGUCUUAGACGGAUUGGAAUACCUACAUAAGAACGGGCAGAUUCACAGAGAUGUGAAAGCGGGAAACAUCCUUCUAGGAGAAGACGGCUCUGUGCAGAUCGCAGAUUUUGGUGUUAGUGCUUUUCUAGCGACUGGUGGUGAUAUUACCAGAAAUAAAGUGAGGAAAACGUUUGUUGGCACCCCUUGCUGGAUGGCACCUGAAGUUAUGGAGCAGGUUCGAGGUUAUGAUUUUAAAGCUGAUAUCUGGAGUUUUGGAAUCACUGCGAUUGAACUGGCCACAGGGGCAGCUCCUUAUCAUAAAUAUCCACCAAUGAAGGUAUUAAUGCUGACACUCCAGAACGAUCCUCCGUCUUUGGAAACUGGUGUUCAAGAUAAAGAAAUGCUGAAAAAGUAUGGAAAAUCAUUUAGAAAAAUGAUUUCACUGUGCCUUCAAAAGGAUCCAGAAAAAAGACCAACGGCAGCAGAACUGUUGCGACACAAGUUUUUCCAGAAAGCAAAGAAUAAAGAAUUUCUUCAAGAAAAAAUAUUACAGAGAGCACCCACCAUUUCUGAAAGAUCUAAAAAGGUUCGGAGAGUACCAGGCUCCAGUGGCCGUCUCCAUAAGACAGAGGAUGGAGGCUGGGAGUGGAGUGAUGAUGAACUGGAUGAGGAAAGUGAGGAAGGAAGAGCAGCAAUUUCACAACUCAGGUCUCCCCGAGUGAAAGACUCACUGUCCAAUUCUGAGCUCUUUUCAGCAGGCGACCCCAUGGGCACUUUGCUCCACGUUCCCGAACAGAUUUCUGCUCAUCUACCUCAGCCAGCUGGCCAGAUGCCUACACAGCCUGCUCAAGUAUCUCUCCAGCCCUCUGCAGAGCCAGCAAAAACAGCACAGGCUCAGUCUCCAGCAGACCACUCCACGGAGACCAAGGUCCCUAUCAGUCUUGUGCUGAGGUUAAGGAAUUCCAAAAAAGAACUAAAUGAUAUUCGAUUUGAAUUUACUCCUGGGAGAGACACAGCGGAGGGGGUCUCUCAAGAGCUCAUUUCUGCUGGCCUGGUUGAUGGAAGGGAUUUAGUAAUAGUGGCAGCUAAUUUGCAGAAAAUUGUGGAAGAACCUCAGUCAAAUCGAUCUGUCACAUUCAAACUGGCAUCUGGUGUUGAAGGUUCGGAUAUUCCUGAUGAUGGCAAACUAAUAGGAUUUGCCCAGCUCAGCAUCAGCUAAACCACAGCCCUGGAAGAGUCAGCCUAAGGAGGUGCCACACAUGCAUAUCUGUUGCUUCUGUUGGCCUGAACCUACAACUGCCAAAGAGCCCAGCAACAAACUUCCCGGCUUGGAGCUUUAGACCUUUAUUUAUGUUCUUCUCGCCAUCACCCCCACCCUUUCCACAAGGAAAGAGAAGUUGGAUUGCCAGUGGCCAGCAUCCCCUCAGAGAGUUCCGUUAGUAGAUAUGCUGCUCAUGUCCCCCUCUUCCUCCAUCUGAGAAGCAGCUGGUGUGCCUCAGGGCCCAGGAUGGAAAUCUCUCAGCUUACUCUUGCCUUACUACAGCAGUGGCCGAGCGGGCAGUAGCAGCUGCGUUGGGCAUCCUCAUCUUGCCUGCUCUCCCGUACCUGCCGGGGCCUGAGCAUCUUGGGGUAUCUCUUUAACACUGAAGUAGCAAUUAAAAGUUGAUUGUUCAGCUGGAGCCCAGAGAAUUUAAUUAGUGUUUUUUCUUUGUACCUGAUGCAACUUCUAGCAACCUUUGUUAGGAAAAAGCACAGCCUCGGUGGAGGCAGCCUAAGCUCUUGUCUGUUGUGUUCAUGGUGUCUCUCCGUGUUCUGCUGGAGCUGUUCUCAGGCACCCCUUCUUUGCUCCCUCCAGAAAGGGUUGCUAGCCUUAACUUCAGCUGGUGCAAAACAUCUGACAGCAGUCAGACUUCAGCCAUCUGCUCCUUCACAGUGGAACUUUGGAUUGUUUUUACAGGAACAUCAAGCAAUGGCGUAUAACUCUUUUACCUUGCCACGGGUAGUUUUUGAACAAGGAAAGGAACUCAUAAGUCAUAUCAUUGGGAAAGUAUUUUCAGCUUUUAAAAAAUUGAACUGAAGGAAAACUAAUCCUUGAUUGUCCUACGAAGACGCAUUUGCCUCUGCUUCUCGAGGAAAUGGCGGACACGGCUGAGACUGACAGCAGUAAAGGAGACUCGGGCUGGGCUAGAGGCCUGCCUUCUGCUCCUCUCCUGCACUGACUCCUUGGAAGGGGGGGAGGGGUGUCUUCAUUCAUUAAAAGUGACCCAAGAUGGAACAUGAAACCACAUGUGCCGUGACCUUUAGGUUUUAUGAGUAGACAGUAUCAAUUUGAUUUUCUACAGAAAUUAUGUAAAUUAUUCUUUAGGUUUAAAAGAGAGCACUCAAUGCAAUGUGUGAAUAAUCAGUGGGGUUGGGUUUUCUUUUUUCCUACUGUUUAAUAGCAUUUGUCUAAUUGCUGAAAAACCUACCUACCAAGUUACCAAAUUUUAUAUAAGAGUGGAAUAGUCAGUCUGGCCUUAAAGAGACACACAAAGAUGGGCUGUGGGCCCCUAGAAAGGGACUUGUUAGUUGCCUUUUAUAGAACCCUUGUACCUGCCAUUGUUGUUCUGAUGAACAGGAUUAGGUACCUAAUGUAUUUCCACCCUCAUCCUGGCCCCACAUAGUUCUGAAGAUGAAACCGUAGUAUUGCUCAUGCAAGCAGCUCUAGCGAGUUUUCUUUUGGAACACACCUGAACACAUUUCCUGUAUCUGACUUGUUCACCUAAUGCUUCGUUCAUUCUGAACAUGUAGAUUCAAUCGUGAGCUUUCUUCACCUGUUAAGAGUGCAAAAGUAUGUUGGGAAAGGGAUGUGGCAGAGAAGAGGAGAUGGGUUUGAGAAGGGAUUAGAAGGAGAAUAGAUGAGAUACCAGAGUCCAAGGUCCCAGCAGGACUGGUAAAAGGAACCUGCCGACUCAGCAGGGAGAAUGAAGAUUGAUCAGCUAUUAAAUCCUUAGUAGAGGUAGGCUUAUGAAGAAGGACAGGGAAAUGGGAUUGAGGUAUAGAAAGCAGGCACAAGACUAGUUGCUUGCUAUAGAAUCUGUUGAUUCCAACAGCCUGUCUGAAUUCACUUACGAGCUCAAGAAGGAAUGUCUAGCAUCACGCUAUUGUAGCUUUUGACUUGGAGCUGGUCCAGGCUGAAAGCCAGCUGCAGCCUCUCUCGUGUUCACAUCUCCAGACCAUCUCACCUCUGCCCUGCUGUGGGGAGCAGGCAUGGCAGUAAAAGUGGCCUGGGCUCUCUCUUUCAGUUCAUUGUUUGCUUUUCUGGGAAUUAGAAGGUAGGCACCAAGAUCCAUGGCAGCGUUACUUCUUCUGCAUGGUAUGCGGUGAACCCCUCUGCUGGCUUACACAGUGAUUCAAGAUAACAAGUCAAUAGAAACUGCCGAGGUGGGACAGAGUGGAGCCAGGGAGCCGUCUCUCCUUCCCAGGAGCAGUGCUUCAGGGUGUACCUCUGUCACUAGGUCCUCAAGAUACCCUUGUCCCUGGAGUAGGGACUAACUAUAGCACAAGAUAGUAUGUGCCAAUGUUGUUUGUGAAAUGUGUGGUCUUUCUAAAUGAUUAAAGGAAUUGUUCCUUUGUUUGGUUUUUUUUGUUUGUUUGUUUUUGCUGUUUUUCCCUUUUUUCAAACCAAAUCUUAGAGCCAGCUGAGACUGUUAAUUUGGAGGCUAGAAUAAUGAUGUACCAGUAAAUGUAAGUUCCUCCUUAUGACAUGCUAGAUGAUGGAAAAUGUAAAAUAUUACCUUCUCCCUCUUCUCUUGACUUUGUAUUUUACUGCAUGUUUUCUUCAUUUUUAAUCAAUAAAGAUAAAGAAUAAAUUGUCA